AUGCUAGAAACAAACAUAUUAAGGGCAUUACCACAGGUUAGAAGAUACCUGGUGAAACACUCUCGAUCUCCUUUUCUGUUUCUUCCAAAUGAAACAAAGCAUAUAUUUGAUGAAGAAAAACUAACACCAGAAGAAAAUAAAGCAGCUAUUCCCUUAAAACCAAAUUACGAAAACUUGGAAAAAAUCCACCAUGAAGUGAUAAAUCCAGAAGAAAUCUCAGAUCUUGUAGUUAAAUUUAAUUCAAAUGAUAUUUUAGUAAGCAUAUUGUCAAAUGAUGGGUGUUUAUUUGGCGACAAAAACUAUUUGCUUACAGGAACAACCAAACCAACCAGAUUUAAGGCUACAAGUAUUUUGAAUAGUUGGUGCCGAAUUUUUAAUAACCAAAUUAAAGACUUGAAAGAAAUUUCACCGAUGCAAUUCUGGGAUCCUGUUGUGUCCCCACAAAUCAGUAAAGCUAUUGAUGAGUAUGGAGAUAAUUUUGAGAAACUUUUCAAAGAAACAAGAGCAUUGAAGAAUUCCAAAUUGAAAAAACACGGAGAUAUCCCCCCUUCAGAAUUAGUGGACAUGAUUACAAUGGAUAACUUGUCACUUUAUGUUUUAAACCAAUUGAGUUCCAUUGAAUCUUUAGCAGCAUUUGUUGCAUUUAUGAGGAAUCAUAUUGAAUAUUAUACAGUUGAGGGUUUGAGUGAGAUAUUAGCAAAGUUGACAGACAUUUGCUAUAGAUUGCAUGGUGAUAUUGAUUACGAACUUUAUUUAUCAGUGAAACAAAAAUAUCCUGGUGUUAUUCAGAAACUACCAUCUGACACAGUUGAUAAAUUAGCCAAUUUGUUAGCCUCAAAAAACUGGGAAUUAUCCAAAGAGUUGAUCCAGGUGCUAAUCAAACGAGAUGUGUGUCCUUCGGAAACAACAAUGAAUGAGUUCUUGCUUAACUUUGUCAAUAGUGAUCCUGAAACAAAAUUGAAAGAGUUGUCAUUUCUUAAACUGGCUAUUUUCAGCAGAGGAGUGAAUGAAUUGUCUUUGCAAAUACUAUUAUCAACAAUAAGAAAUAUUCAUGAGUUCAGUAAAUUGAUAGAGUUGAUUAAAACUUCAAGUCAAUGCCAACUCAUUUUAUCAAAGUACCAGCAUAUCUUGUUUGCAACUUUGAAAAGAGUAUCUGCUAACUUGCCUUUACAAAAGGCACAAUUUGUUAGAGUAUUAACCGAAAAGAAUGUUCAAGUUGACAACGACUUGAUGAAGAUAUUAAAAAAACCAACUAGCUGA